UAAAUAAGAAUAACCUCCAAAUUGUAAUUAGUUAUAUAUUUUUUAAGUCCCGUAUUAACAAAGUAUACUAAUAUAUACAUGUAUUUUAUAAAUUUAUUUAUGUAAAAUUAAUAAUUUUCUUUUAAAUUAUAUAAUACAUGUGUGAAAUUAUAUUUACUUUAAAAUAUUUCUAUUAUGAUAUAGUAUUAAUGAUUAUUUAUCGUUAUUAUUGUUACGUUGAUAUUUUUUGGUUUUUUAAUUUUUUUUUUUAGUGUAACUCUAUUUAGUUAUAAACUCUUAAUUAGAAUAUAAUUUACUUGGUUUAAGUGUAUUUUUGAAUAGAGGUUGUACUGAAUUUUAUGUCCAAUUUUGGACUGAGGGGUUGAAUAUUUGAUAUAAGGAAAAGUAUGUAAAAUAGUUGGCAGUUUGUAAAUUGGCAGAAAUAACAAAUUAGCUUUUCUGAGUGAGACGACCGACGAGAGAAGCUUCCAUUGAUUUUUGCUAUCGCUUCAGAAGAAGAAGACAAGUAAAGAAAUUCAGGCAUGGAUCUUGAUCUUUAUAACUCCCAGACUCUGAAGGUCUUAGAAGAGUUUCUUGCUGGGACAACAACGGUUAAUCUCGAUGAUUUUCAAAAGACAUAUGAUGUUUACAUUAGUUUUAGAGGAACAGAUGAUCGAUGUAAUUUCACUGGUCAUCUCUAUGCUGCAUUGAUGAAGAGUGGAAUUGAAACCUACCUUCAUAAUAGGGUUGAUACAACAGAGGAGUUCUCCAAGGCUGUUAUGGAUAUCAUCGGCCAGUCUAAGUUCUGUAUAGUUUUGUUCUCUGAAAAUUAUGCAUCUUCGUGGUGGUGCUUGAAUGAGCUGGUGCAUAUUCAGGAAUGCAUGGAAAAGAGGAAUCUUAUCGUUUUACCUGUUUUUUACUAUGUCAAUCCAAGUGAUGUGCGAGGUCAGAAGAGAAGUUAUGAAGAUGCAUUUGUGAAGAAUGCAGAACGUUUUGAUAAAGAUCAGAUCAAGAAAUGGAGGGUUGCUUUAACCACAGCAGCUACCCAAUUUGGAUGGGAUGCAACCAAUACCAAGAAUGAAGCUGAGUUAGUUGAUGAAAUUGUCAAUUUCAUAAGAAGGAAAAUGGACGAAGCUAUUAUAGAUCUCAACAAGCGAAAGAGUGGCCCUCCUGUCUCUGUUUCAGUUGAUUUUUUGCUCAAGAAGAUCUCUUCUGGUGUAGUGAGAUUUUUGAGGGGAAAGAAUGACUCCGAUUUUAGUAGGCUUCUUCACAAAAUAGAGACUACCUUCCUCUCUCUUAAUCAGGUGCUUGGAGACGCUGAGCUGAAGCAGAUUAGAAACGCUAGUGUUGAGAAGUGGUUGGACAAGCUUCAAGAUGUUGUUGAAGAUGCAGAGGUUUUCUUUGAGGAAAUUGAGUAUGAUGCACUAAAACUUAAGGUGGAAUUGGAGUCGGAUGCCGAUGAUUCCAAGGUAGCUAAAUUUUUAUCCAGAUUUAACUUGACUAGGCAAAAAAGAAAGUCAGAUUUGGAGAAGAUUCUAGAGCAGUUGGAUGUUUUUGAGAACCAAAAGUACAUCCUUAAUUUGCGAGGAGAUGUUGAGAAUAUCCAAUCAGAGAGACUACCUUCAAAAUCGUUCAUAAAUAGUUAUGAGAUUUAUGGCCGAGAUGAUGAGAUGAACAUUUUGAAAGGGAUGUUGCUGUUAGAUAAGGUGGGUAGUGAAAAAAUAAGUGUGAUUCCGAUUGUAGGCAUGAGUGGAAUCGGCAAAACUACUCUCACUGAAGUUGUUUUUAAUAAUGAUGAAGUUAACAAGCAUUUUGAACUCAAGGCAUGGGUUUGUGUCUCAGAAGAACUUGAUGUUUGUAAGGUAACACAAAAUAUUCUUGUAGCAUUGACUAGAAAUGCUUGUGCUGUUGAGGACUUAAUUGUGUUGCAAGAAGAGGUACAAGAAUUAUUGAAUAAAAAAAAGUUUUUAUUAGUUUUGGAUGAUGUCUGGAAUACAGAGUUUUGGGAUAAAAUAAGGUUGCUUUUUGAAGUUGGUGCACAAGGUAGCAAGAUAAUAAUCACAACAAGUAACAUGGAAGUUGCGUCAAUCGUUGGAACGACUGGACCUCACCACCUUGAGCUUCUAAAGGAAAAAGCUUGUUUCGAGUUGUUUGUCAAGCUUGUAUCCGACAAUGAAGGGUUUACCACAACAGAUUCAUACUUGGGAAGUAUUGCUAAAGAACUUCUUAAGAAAUGUAGAGGCUUGCCAUUGGCCGUGAGGGCUAUUGCAAGCUUAUUGCGUUGUACAAGUGUGAAAGAAUGGGAAAAAAUAGCUGACAGUGAUGUUUUGGAUUUAUCCCUUAAAGAUAAAUAUAUUCUUCCUUGUUUGGGAUUAAGUUAUUAUUAUUUGCCAUCACACUUGAAACGAUGCUUUCUUUAUUGUUCUAUGUUUCCUAGAAAUUAUGGAUUUGUUAAGGAUGAGUUGGUCUUACUUUGGAUGGUUGAUAAUAUAUUGGAGCAUUCAGGUGGAAAUAGGAAUAUAAAAGAGGUGGGGUAUGAAUAUUUUGAUGAUUUAGUGGCUCGAUCUUUUUUUCAACCUGCAGCAUGUAGAUUCGAAACUAAAGGUGUUUUUGUAGUGCAUGAUCUUAUGGCUGAGUUGGCUGCUUUUGUAUCUAAAAACAAGUUCAUUUAUGUGAAGGAAAACAUGAUGUAUGAUAUUGGACAAAUCAGGCAAAUAAGACACAUAGCAAUUGAUGUGUUCGUCAAUCGUUGUGAUUUUCAUGAGACAUGCAAAUUAAUUUCUAAAGCAGCUUAUUUGCGUACACUUGUACAUGUCAACAAAAAUCCAUUCCUUUCAAAUUCGUAUUUACAAGAUGAUGUGUUGAAAGAUUUCAUGAAGUUGGGGCAUUUAAGGUAUUUAUCUUUAGCAGGUUACGAAAAUGUUGUUGAAUUGCCGGAGUCAGUAGGUGAAUUAAGGCAUCUUCGCCACUUGGAUCUCUCCCACACUUCAAUCAAAGAGUUGCCCGAAUCUAUGUGUUUGUUGUACAAUCUACAGAUAUUAAACUUGUCUCACUGUAUGCACCUGACCAAACUGCCAGAAAAUUUACACCAUCUCAUUAGUCUGAGAAGUCUCUACAUAAGCAAGUGUCGCGUGUGUACCUUACCACCACUUGGGCAACUACCUGCUCUAUUAACUCUUUCAAUUAAAGGGUGUGACGCAAUAGAGAAGGUGGGUCUCGAUUUUUAUGGGACCAGUUCUUCCAAAUUGUUCCCAUUGUUGGAGUCAUUGACAUUCAAAAAGAUGAAAAACUGGAAGGAAUGGUCAAUGCCAAAAGAAAAUGUGGAAUCAUUUUCAAAGCUUAAAUCGCUUACUAUACACGAGUGUGAGCGGCUGGCGGGAGAUUUGCCUUGCAUCCUUCCAUCUUUAAAAGAGUUGGAAAUUUCAUAUUGUCCGAUGAUUGCUUCUCCACUCCCAGUGUUGCCAAAUGUCUCUAGAGUGUCGGUCAUGCAAUGUGCAAAGAUUGUGGGAUUCAAGUCAUGUAGUAAUUUGGAAGACUUAUGUUUAAAGAAUUGCUACAAAUUACACUUUCCAUUGACCUCUAAUUACAAAUCCCUCCAAAAGCUUUCUGUUGAAAAUAUCUCUAGCUCCUUCAAAUUGCUUCCUCUAGAUUCCUUGCCCAACAUUAUGAAUGUCAGAGUUUGUAAUUGUGAAAAUUUAGAGUCUUUCUCAUUGUUAAACAGCUUGAACUCUCUCUAUACUCUUUCUAUCGAAGAAUGUCCUAAUUUCACAUUAUUGCCCGAUAGCAACCUUGAUUGUCCAAUUCUUACUAAACUUGUCAUCUAUUCUUGUGACAAACUAAGAUUUUUGCCUGAAAAACUGCCCAAUCUUCUUCCUUCUUUAAUGGUACUGGUUAUAGAUGAUUGUCCAGAGUUGGAAUCAAUUGCUAGAUCUGGGUUGCCUUUCAGUUUGCGCGAGCUCACUAUAAGAAACUGCAACAAGUUAAUUGCGUCUCGAAAGAAUUGGAAUUUACAAAUACUUCCUAGUCUGGGAAGCUUUUGCAUUGGAGAUUAUGAAUGUGAUGAUAUGGAGUCCUUUUUGGAGCAAGGGUCAUUGCCAACUAGUCUUACCUCCCUUACAAUCGAGGAUGUUGCUUAUCUUAAAACCUUAGAUGAAAAUGGGUUUCAGGAACUCAAAUCCUUGAAAGAACUACACAUGUCUAGGUGCCCCAAGCUGCAAUCACUGCCGGUAAAAGGGUUGCCACCUUCUUUUAAUGGCUUACUGCCACCUUCCUUUGAAACUUUCUUCAUGAAUGAUUGCCCUUUAUUGGAAGCAAAUUACGAGUGGGAGGAAGGUAACGAUUUGGGUGGGAAGAUUUGUUGCAUCCCUGUAAAACCACAAGAAAGCCAAGCCUUGGAACCAUCAAGUUUAGAACUAGUGUCUACCAAGAAUACUAAGGGUUUGGGCAGGGCUCCAACUGAGAUUUAUGUUGUCAAAGUUCAUUGUGGGGCUAUUACAGAUGCACUUAUAGGCAUAGUAAAGGAUGUCUCGCAAAAAAGAUCCUUCAACGAUUAGAUGAUGACCCUAGGAUGGUAGAAGUCAAAUACAGUGGAAAGCACACGUGCACCAAUGAUGUGGGUCACGUGAUUGGAAGUAGUACUGAUGAUCACACUUUCAGUCCCAUGUCAAGCAUCACCGCUGAUGACUUAGUCUAUUGGGAUGACCUACUAUAAUUUAAGAAUUUAUUUUUAGAAAAAUCAUAACUAAAUUUAGAUGAAUUACAUAUAUGUAAAAUAUUAGCAAAAGUUUCAUAGAAAAUAUACUUCAUUAUUUUUCUCUAAUAUUUUCUUCAUAGUAAUUUUUUCGUGUAAAAUUCACGAUGAAUAGCUCAGCUCAAUCCAUAGUGAACAUUUUCCUUCACAA